UGAUCGUGGCAAAACAAACAAAAAGCGGCGAGCUCAUGGGCAAAAGAUAUUUCUGCGACUACUGUGAGCGCUCUUUCCAGGACAACAUGCACAACAGGAAAAAGCAUCUGUUCGGCGUGCAGCACCAACGAGCCAAGAAGGCCUGGUUUGACCAUUUCAGAAGCUACGCCGAUAUUUGGAAAGACGAACAGGCAAAGAAACCCUGCAGGAAGUUCCUCCAAAGAGGCAUUUGCGAUUUUGGCCCGAGCUGCAGGUUUUCUCACAUGUCCGAGGCAGAGAUGUACGGUUUGCAACGGAAGAUGCAAGAUGAGAGACGGCGCUCGGAGGGCUGGGAGGACCCGAGCGAGGCCCGGCCCAGCGUGGCCGCGUGGCUGACCACCAGGGAGAAGAGGAGAAGCGGCCAGGCCAGCAAAGGUGUGCAAGACCAGCAAGAGGAGGAGCGCACGCAAGGUGACAUCCCGCCACAGAUCUUCUCCAUCCCGGACCUGCCACCCUCACUGGUGCCGCCUCCUCCGGGUGGCUGGAAGGCUGAGGGCAGUGCGCAGUGGGGAUGAACAUUUUGUUCAAGUCAAACCUGACAUUGUGCAAUUUCUCUUUUUUUAAUUAGAUGUCAUGCGUUUGGACAGCUUUUACAAUACAUCAGUCUACACCUGAUACGGUCAAUUUUACACAAAGAAGUCAGAUCGAACACACACACACACACACUCGCGCGCACACACACACACACACACACACAUUGAACAUGUUCAUAUAUUGCUGAUAAUUUUGCAAUCCGUAGAUCCAGCAUUCCAACUACAUUUUUCAAAGUGCUCCACAUAUUUCACAUUUUAAAUACGUGACAAAAGGCACCUGACAGAAAUGAUAGAUACAUACUUUUUGAGGAACACUCCAAGACAAAAUACACAUUGACAGUAAUAUCUCGUGUCCCGUUCGCUAUUUUUGCGUCUGUACAUUGGCAUCGAAGCUGCUACUUGACAUGAUAUGUUCCGAUGAGGAGGUAAACGGCUAAUGUCAUGCCACGCUCACAAUCUUGGUCAUCGUGCGUACACGUUACAUUGCUUUUAUUGCAUCCAAAAAAUAAAAAGGGAUUCAAGUCUGCAAAGUG